AUGACUGAACACGAAUCACUCAACUAUUUCAGGGAAAAGCUAUCAAAUGGUCAAGUGGAUGACGAAUUGCACAAAUUGGCUAAAGAAACUCUAGAAAAUCAUGACACUUCAUCAACGCUAAAAAAAUUGGCAGCAAAAGUAAUUUGGGCAAAAGAAAGAGAGUUUUCUGAAGAAUUACUUCAAAAAUCCGCUGUCUACGCGGCAUAUUUGGAAGUUUUGGAAAAAGAUCGAUUUGAGGAAGAAUUAGAGAAAUAUCUGGAAAGAUCAAGAAACGGCGACUCACUCGAUCAAAAUGCUCUCUUAAUCUUGACAACAUUUGUGCAAAGAGCGGCAAAGUUGAAAAAGAUCUCGAAAGAUCAAGCAAAGGGACUUUUAUUAAAGACGAUUCGUUUUGUCGAAUCUCGAAGUGAAGAUCUCCUCCAUUUACUCAAAAGUUGCAUCAACGCAAUCCGAGUCAACACCGUGCGCACAUGGAUUGGCAGAAUGACGUCAAACAAAUCACAUCAUCAAGUACUUCUUGAGCUGAUUAGUGAGCUGGAAAAUAUUGUGCAUGCAGAGAACAAAUCGAUUGACCUCUGGCCUCCAUCAUCCUCAAACGAACUCGAGAAUUUGUCUUCUGUUUCAGCGGAUUGGUCGUGGAUCGAAUCAACAUCAUCGACCUCUUUCAGAGAUCGAUCUCUUUACGCCUCGUUAACGAUCGCCUCUGGACUCAUGCAAAACCUAGUGCGCACAAAGAGCAAGCAAAUCGAUGGGUUAUUGAUGUCAGAAACUCUGCUUGCUGGGUUGAAAUGGCACUCGCCGACCAUUCGUCGCAUAUCCAUCAAACUUUUAUCACUUAUCGACGAAAAAUCGAACUUCUUUGCUUGCUUAAAGGCUGCGAAUGAUUCUAAUCUAAUCAAACUUGAUGUCAAACAAGAACUUUCCUCAUUCCCUCUCGAUAACUGUGACACGGAAAAUGAAGAACUUUUCGAAACCAUUCUCAAUCUUUUACCGAAAAUCGAAUGGAGUCAAGGACAAUUACAAGAGUGGACAAGGAUUUUACGAUCUCAAUGCUCAACUGAGGAGUCAUUGAUCAUUGCCAUAGAUGUCCUUCAACGAGUCGAUUCAUCGUUUUCCCAGACACACAAAUCUGUUCUAACAAUUCUUUGCCUGCACGAGUCAUCCGCUGUUCGGCAUCGAGCAAUGAAAGCAUUAGAAGAAAGCUUAAAAUACUUUGAAGCACUCAUUGAUGAAUCGAUUAGAAUUUAUGGAUCUUCUCAUGAAGUCACCUAUGAUCUGUUGAAGAAAACGACGAGAUUCGAUGAUUAUAUGAAGAGAUUUCUAGAUAAAGAUGAGCUUGAUCAAACCCAUUUAUUACUGUGGAAUUGUGAAGAAGUGGUGAAGAAAAUCGAUGAUUUCACUGUGAAUGAUUGGAUCGAACGCAUUGAGCAACUUUUACGCUACUCCGGCUCAUCGAUGUUCCCUGAGUGCCCCCAGUUUUCUGAUUUGGCCACAAAUUUGUCUAAGCAGCAACUGAAACCUGUGGAAUUUGCUCAUCUACUUUUGAACUAUCAAAAGCUUAUUUUGAACUCUGUGACUCGAUCGGAUGAUGAGGAGAAAAAAUGGGAAUGGUCGAUGAAGAUCUGGCAAUCCCUCAUCCGAACUCGUCACAAAACAGUGGUUGAUCUUGGUACCGAGUUGAUACCAAAAAUGCUCAAAACUCUAGAGUCCAAGAGAAUAAUUGAGUUAUUUGAAAUGGCUGAAAAUCUACUCUUCUCUGUGAACGCAAAAACGAGAACGCUAACAAUCACAAAAACGCUGUGGGCUUGUUGUGAGGCAAAAGCGGAACUAUUUGGUUUACUUUGGGAUAAGAUUCAGGAGUACAUCAAAACCAACUUAAAUCCAACAGUGACCGCUAGAAUCCUGAAAAUCGUUAAAUAUUUCUUGGCACGAGAGCAAUGUCCUUGGAGUGCGGCUAAUGAAAUCUUGAAGAUUCUAUUCGAAAAAUGUCUUCUCAUCGUGGAGAAUGAAGAAGAUUUUCUUGUGAGAAGUGCAGCGACGAUUCUAUUUGGAUUCGUGACAAAUCUGAUGACUCGAAAACGAGAGCUGUUCUACUUUGAGUUAUUGAUCGACACAUGGAAGCCAAUCUUUCAAAUAAUCUACAAAACGUUUGCAGGAAAGAAAGAGUACAGCAAAGAGUACAGAAUGUUGGUCCUAGCUUUUCUCUCGAAAUUUCGCUUCGGUACACCAUUAUUGUAUUCAAAGCAGCAGAUUUGCUUUUGCAAUCAUUUAUCCAAAGCUUUGUUGACCUUUCUCUCGAUUUUGAGCGAUGUACGUGCAUCAAGAGCUACACUUGAAUGCAUUGCUGGUUUGAUAGCGUAUGUUGAGGUUGAGCCAUUGCUUCAAAAGCUUCUCGAAGACAAUGCAGAGGAUUUCACCAGCCAUGCACAAAAGGCUUACUUCAUCUACACUUUAAAAAGAAUGUGGAGUAUCGAGUUGCAAAAUGUAUUGAAAACAAAAAUCCCCUAUGAUAUCGCUGAAACGCUUUACAUUCGACAAGUUGAGGAAAUCGUUGAUGCGACAAACAAAAACGAGUUGGACAAACUUUGUCAACUCGUUGAUGUCGAUCGAUUCCACCUCAAAUGGGAGCUCAGCGCCAAUGCUUUUGGGUACGCAGUGGCUAUUUCGUCACGAGCUUUGAGAGAUCAGCAAUGCUCCGAUAAGUUUCGAGCAUUAUGGAAACGCUCAGCUUUCGAAGCACUUUCACUUUCAAAUCAUUGCUCAAGAAUGGCUGCAAGAUGUGUUACUGAAAUGGGGUUAGCGAGAUGGCAUCUACAGCCAGUCAUUGCUAAACGGAUUCUGCGAGACUAUUUUACUGGC